UCGACAUGAUGCAGCUUAAAGGUUAAGUGGAAACAUCCCUCCAUCUGCUAAAGGAAUCCGGUCCAGUGUCAAUCCACGUUAUACUGUCUUGACAUAAACACCGAAAGACGUCAGACACCGUUGGAGACUAUAUACAGCGACAUCAGUUACGACUCUACAGUAUCUCUCUUCACUGUACAGAGCAGUGCAAGCCAAAAUAUGUUACCAAACUCAACCACUGACAACACUGAUGUACCUACAAAUACCGCUUCUUAUAUAUGGAAAUGGCACGGGGCAGAGGUCAUAUUUCUCUGUCUCAUGUUUGUCUUCGCAAUCCUUGGCAACAUCCUCGUCAUCUACAUAUACCACUUCCGGUGGCGUCGGUCUAACUUCAGUCUGUUCAUUGAGGUCCUUGCCGUCCUGGACCUGACCAAUGCCAGCAUCAAUCCCCUCUUCCUGAUCAUCACUCUGAAUGACCACCAUCAAAAGUUCGCUGCCUUGUGUCAAACAAGUUCGUUCGUUGCCAUAACUACAGUGAUGGCUUCUGCCGUUGUGCUGGUCGUUAUUGCUUUUGACCGAAACAGAAACAUCUGCAACCCUUUGAAGAAGAAGAUCAGUGUGAAGGCAGCUCGGACAUGCUGUCUUCUGGCUGUAUCCCUUGGGAUUGUUGUAGCAAUUCCCGGCAUAUUUGUGAACGGACGGAGAGAGCUUAUGUUUGAAGACAACGGAGUACGGAUCAACAUUACACAGUGCUACUUCACGGAGGAGAUGGACGGAACGGCAUUGUUCUGGGUUUUUAUGACCAUCCUGAGCGUAGUGUUUCUCGCUGUAAUGGUCAUCCUAGGUGUCUUGUACGUUUCUAUAUAUCGUGCAUUGAAGAUACACACAGCCAGAAGGCCUUCAACAACAAUAUGCGAGAAAAAGAAUAAAAUGUUUCGGUCUCAUAAGACAUCAGCCAAAAUAUUUUUUGCUGUAACGGUUGCGUUUUUCUGCAGCUACUUUCCUUACUUCAUCGCAGUCAUAGUUUUUUUGUUUGACGGGCAAUUGAACGUGUUAUCUCCAGGCGUGAAAGCUGCAGCCGACAUUGCCAAGUUGUCUCCCUUGAUGAGCAAUGCCAUCAACCCUCUCAUCUAUAGUGUGUCAUCCAAGCGCUUCCGGAAGGAAGUGUUCGACGUCUUCCGGUGCAAAGUUUUCAAACAGACACGUUCGGAGCGCGAUCGUACGGUGGUGCAGGGCACGGCGUCGUCCACGGCUGACGUUGAGACAUAGACUUGACGACGUCCAUAAUGAGUAUUAAACAUGUACGUCCAUGACUCUAAACAUUUACCAAACAUUGUUUAUGUAACGUUAAGCUGUUGUAUUCAUCUAUGUGUGAUAAAGGAAUGUGCUGUCCAUGCUGUACAAGAGGGGUCGGGGUGGGGUAGCCUAAUGGAUAAAGCGUCCGCUUGUCACCAUGAAGACCCGGGUUCGAUUCCCCUCAUGGGAACAAUGUGUGAAACCCAUUUCUGGUGUCCCGCGCCGUGAUGUUGCUGGAAUAUUGCUAAAAUAGUAUUCAUUCAUUCAUGCUAUAUUCAUUGUCAAACUUAUACAGUUUGUUGUAAAACGAAUAUUUAAGGUUUAAUAAACCAUAUAACUCAUGAA